AACAUCCUUGAUAUUUUUUUGUCAACGUCUUAUUAUCUUUUAUCUCAAACCAUGUAUAUGGAUGUAUCCACUAACGCAUAUAUAUAGAGACAAUUAGGCAUCUAUCAUUUUAUCCCACACUUAUCUCUUCCUAUCUCUCUCUCAUUCAAACCCAAAUAGGAAACAAAUACACAAAAGUAUAAUAAAAAGUCUUUCUCUCAUCUUUCGCCACGUAGACAUGGACGUCGAACAUCACAAAUCCGGCCACAUCAGUAGACCAACGGUGGAUAUUCCACCGAGGAAGCUUCUUUCCUCCGCCAAGUCUCCGUCGUCAGUUUCAAGUCCCCUUCGCGACUAUAAAGAACAGAAAGACUAUUGUUACGACUCUGACUCUGAGGAUCCUUACGCUGGAGACCAUUUCCGGAUGUACGAAUUCAAGAUCCGACGGUGCACGCGUAGCCGUAGCCAUGACUGGACCGACUGUCCUUUCUCUCAUCCCGGUGAAAAGGCUCGUCGCCGUGACCCUCGCCGGUUUCACUACACCGGAGAAGUAUGCCCUGAGUUUAGCCGUCACGGUGAUUGUAGCCGUGGUGAUGAAUGCGGUUUCGCUCACGGGGUUUUCGAGUGUUGGCUUCAUCCGAGUCGUUACCGUACGGAAGCUUGUAAAGACGGUAAGCAUUGUAAGAGGAAAGUUUGUUUCUUUGCUCAUUCUCCACGUCAGCUGAGAGUUCUUCCACCGUCCCCGGAGAAUCAUAUUUCCGGUGGUUGCGGUGGAUCACCGUCGUCAUCCCCUGCAUCGGUUUUAAGCAAUAAAAAUAAUCGAUGUUGCUUGUUUUGUUCCCAUUCUCCGACGAGUACUCUCUUGAAUUUAUCACGAUCACCUUCAUCGUCUCCGCCUUUGUCUCCAGCUGAUAAAGCCGAUGCAUUUUCACGGCUGAGCCGCCGUCGCACCGCCGUACUAAACGAACUGAUUAGUUCUUUAGAUUCCUUAAGUCUCACGGAAGCACUUGCAGCUUCUUCAUCGUCUCCCGUUACCAUGCCCAUUUCCACGGCGACGAUGAUCGCUUCAUCGAAUCUAAGCAGCAACCACCACCACCACCGUCUUCCGCCGUGGCUUGAUGUCGGAGACAGAGAUCUCCAAUUACAACAGAGUAGUCCUCUACGAUUUGCUCUUUCACCUUCUUCAACUCCAAGUUACCUCCAUGGCCAGCUUCAGCCACCACCGUCGAGCUUCUUUGGCGAUGAAUUCACACCACGUGGUGGCCGGCUAAGCGAUUUCUCGGUGGCUGCAGCUGCGGCGGCCCAAGCUAGGGAUAAAAAUAGCUUUGAAGUCGGUUCUAGUGGCGAUCUUGAUCUAGGAUGGGUGAACGAUCUUUUGACAUGAACAGUAUGACAUCAACUGUGAACUACUUGAGAUCUUUCCCGACGGGAAUAAUUAUACGGCGGCGCCGCGGCGGAGGUCCGUCGUGGUACAUUGUUUAUUAAAAAAGUAUUUACGAUUUUUUCCACGAGAGCUAAUUAAGAGUCUGUAGUACUAUGUCGUGCUUUAAAAAUAUAUUUUUACUGUAUUUUUUGUUAAAUAAGAGAGUCCAUAACUUCUAUUGUUAUAUUGAUCUCUUGGAACUUGUAAUAUCUACUACAUUGUGAUCGAAUUCCUAUGUAAUGUUUACUUCAAAAUAUUCUGUUUAAUAGAAAAUGAUGAUGUAGUUAUAUGCCUACAGUACUUUUCAUUAAUGUCCA